AUGUCUUCCUCCGAUCCUGGAGCGAAUUCUGAGAUUUCAACUCCCUGGGCGUCCAGAGGCGCGGCGGGAACGCUUUUCCACAGCGGCCACAACAGCAACAGCUGCAUCAGCGAUGGCAGAAACGACAGCACCUACAGCACCCGCAAGGCGCCCACAAAGCUUCGAGGCGCUUCCUGCUUGCUAGGAGGCGUCUUGCUGCACAUCGCGCUAGGCACCGUUUACACGUUUGGCGUGUCGUCUGUCUAUUUGAUAUCGUUCCUCAAGAAUCGUACCGAUCCCACCCUCCGCAUCUCCGCCUCAGCCACCCUCAUGGCUGCAGAAUUCAGUGCCAUGGCCAUCGGAAUGCCUCUAGGAGGUGCUUUGGAGCGCAAAGUCAGCCUGCUUGGAGGCUUCGUGUUUGUCAGCGGCGUAUACGCCUCCAAAUUCACAAUCGCAUACGGCUUCCUUCCCUUUCUGCUUUCCUACGGAGUGCUCUAUGGCUUCGGCUUAGGCGUCGCCUACACGAAUCCCCUAGUGGCUGCUCUUCGAUGGUUCCCCGAUCAGCAGGGCCUUGUCAGCGGCCUUAUCACUGCAGGCUUUGGAUUAGGUUCCGUCCUAUUUGCGCCUCUUCAGCAGCAGCUGCUUAAUCCUACAGGCAUCCCUCCCGCGUGGAUGCCAUACCAAGAGGCCCCCCAAGAGCUGUAUUACGAUGACGAGUUGAUUCUGAAAAGAGUUCCCUCCCUCUUCCCGCGGAUCGCCUUCGUCUACGCUGCUCUGGUCGCAGCUGCAGCGUCGCUCAUCUGCAAUCCUCCAGACACCCACGAGAAGGAGGAGAAGAAACAGCAGCAUCAACAACAACACCCACGACGACACACGCUGGCAAUACUGCAGCCGGAGAGCGAGCAGCAGCUCCCUCUUGCCGCUGUGCUGAAGUCGCAGCCAUUUCGCCUGCUCUGGACGCUUUUCUUGCUGCAAGGCUUCAGCAUCCUGUUUGUCGCGAGCUUCUGGAAAGCGCUAGCUGCCACUAGUGGAGCCCCCGCUGCAGCUAGCCAGCAGCUCACUGAAACGCAGCUAGCUGUGGUUGGAGCCACGGCGAGCGCCUUCAACGCCAUGGGGCGGAUUCUGUGGGGCAAAUACGCCGAUGUCAAGACACCCCAAGAAGCCCUUUGCCUCCUCGCAGGGAUUUGGAGUGGGGCCUUGCUGCUGCUCUCGCGGGCAGCAGAUGUGCAUCCGCUGUUGUACGUUGUGGCAGUCUGCCUGAAUUUCUUCUGCUUGGGGGGAAACUUUGCUCUUUUUCCCGCCGCGACAGCCACACUCUUUGGCCAGCAAGCAGUUGGCCGGGUGUAUGGCUUUGUAUUUAUGGCGCAGUUGGGGUCGUCACUGAUGGGAGCCAUUGUGCUGCCCGCCCUAAUACAACACCUCGGCACGCCCGCGGCCUGCCGCGUCGUUUCUGUUUGCUGCUUCACUGUCACUGCCGUUCUGCUCGCCACUAUGCGCACACGUGCGUGGGAGCCCUUUAAACCCCAAUAA